UAUGCGCAUGUCAUCUCCACCACCUCUUCUUCCGCCUAUCCUCUUAAAAGGUUUCUGUUCCAUUAAAAAUACGAAAUCAUCACAGAAGAUACAGCUUUCAUCAUCGGCCCAAUAUUUAUUUCUUUAUAUUUUAUUUAUAUAUUUUUAAACUGAUAAUUUCGAACGAAACAGAUUUUUAUUUUUAAAAAGGAAAAGGUAAAAAAAAAACUUGUUAUAACUCGAAAACAAAUCCACACCACCAUGACAAGUUUAUCUUCUAAAUCCAACUAACCUAAAUUCUCUCCCUCUCUUACUUUUUCUCUUGUCGGUGAUUUUGGAUUUUUCUCCUCCUCCAUCAUCAUAAUACCACCUGCAAGCUCCCUCCUCUCUCUCUCUCUCCUGCUCCGACAUAUUUAUUCUCUGUCUCUCUCUCUCUCGAUCGAAAUUUCUCUCAAAACCCAUCUCGAAAGUCUUUUUCUUUGGAGGGUUUAGAUCCUCCAUGGACGGCGGCGGAGUAGCUGACGUGGCAGUCGCCGGUACGAGGAAGAGAGAGAGACCUUACAAAGGAAUAAGGAUGAGGAAGUGGGGAAAGUGGGUGGCGGAGAUUCGAGAGCCAAACAAACGGUCUAGGUUAUGGCUUGGCUCUUACUCUACUCCGGAGGCGGCGGCGCGAGCUUACGACACGGCGGUUUUCUAUCUUAGAGGACCUACGGCGAGGCUUAACUUCCCUGAGCUUCUUCCUGGAGAGAAAUUCUCCGACGAGGAUAUGUCGGCUGCGACGAUCAGGAAAAAAGCGACGGAGGUCGGUGCUCAGGUUGAUGCUUUAGGCACGGCGGUGCAAAAUAACCGCCACCGUGUUUUUGGACAUAAUCGAGAUAGUGAUGAUGAUAAUAAGAAUUUUCAUCGGAAUUAUCAAAACGGUGAGCGAGAAGAAGAAGAAGAAGAUGAGGAUGACGAUGACAAGAGAUUGAAGAGUGGCGGCCGGUUAUUGGAUCGUGUUGACUUGAAUAAAUUACCCGACCCAGAAAGCUCCGAUGAAGAAUGGGAAAGCAAACAUUAAAAAUAUAUUUUGGAGCGGUGGCUGUUGCUAACGCACGCCAACGGCUUGCUUCUACGAAUCAUUAGCGCCGUUUAUAAAUUUUUUUCUUUUUUUUUCUUUAUCUGAAAUUUUAGGGCUUUUUAGUUUUUAAUUUUUGUUUUCUUUUCUUUUUAUUUCCUUUAUUGCGGAUUUUGCGGUUUAUGGAAUUUUAGGCUAUUGCUUAAAAAAAUGCAAAAUGUAUAUUACUCUACUCAUUAAUACUCAUUAAUGGAAAAUCCGUCCUAUUUCUUAUCGUUAA